AUGAAUUCUGAUAAAAAUGUUAAAUAUUCAGCUGAUCAAUUAAUCAAUCUUUCAUUUAAAGCUGAUGUAGUAGAAGAUGAUGCCUCAAAGGCUUCUCCGAUGUAUCAAAUUAACUCUCAAACACCAGAACCUGCUUUGUUAACUAAGAAUGAUGAUGGAUUUUAUCAAUUUACAAUCAAAGCUCCAUCCGAAAUCCCUAAUAACCAACAAAUCACAGUCAAAUUAUCUAUUAAAGAUCCUGCUGGACAAAAAGCAGAAAAAGCAUUAAAGAUUGAUGUUAAACAGUCGCCAUACAUAACAGAAUCACCAGAUAAUUCUGAAGUUAAAGAAGCAUAUAAAGCAGAAGAGCCAAUCAUUGUUAUUAUUCAAUUCAAGCAUUUUGAGGAAAGGACAGGAAAAUUCGAAUAUAAAUUCUAUGAAGAUCAAAGUUAUAUUCCACUUCCUGAAAAGAAUGUUAAAGAAAUUUCUAGCGGUUCGAGUACAUCUUCUAAGAAGCUCCUAGCUGAUGAUGGCAAAACAUAUCAACUUACCAUACCAGCUCCUAAAAUCGAUGAAAUUAGAGAUUCAGAAGAAGCUAAGCUUCGGAUCAGAACUGCUCAAUCCGAUGAACAACCACCUUCAAAUGUCUUCUCUAAAGAGAUUAAACUUGAGAAGACAAAAUAUGUUUCAGGAGAACAACCAAAUCCAACAUCAUCUCCUUCUAAGGGAGGAUUAUCUGGCGGCCAAAUUGUAGGAAUUGUAUUUGCCGUUCUUCUUGGCAUUGUUAUUAUUGUACUUAUUGUCUAUUUCAUUUUCUGUAAGAAACCAUCAAAUGAUAGAUCUUCUUCUGAUAUGAAAGAAGAUUCUGGUUCUGGUGUAUAUGUUUAA